GUUUAUCAUUAACCGGUCGAACGAAGAUUAAUCGAAUUUAUUUAGUGUUUUCGAAUUUGCCUGCCGUCCGUCAACAUUACUACCCGCGGCCCAAAGCAAGAGGAAAAAGUCGUCGAAGGCUGAUGAUCAGGAGCUUAUUCCUCCACUAAAUGAUAUUGAUGAUAAUAUAAUCGAAUAUGAGAUCUUACCAAGACUUCUAGCCAAAUCCGUAGGUCGUUUCAAGUCCGUUUCCAAACACUGGAAUUCGUUUCUAUCGUCACAUAUGUUUGGAAAGAUGCACCACCUCCGUCACAUUAACAACAAAACAUAUAAGCUUUUGAUACUUGACAAGCCCCUUGUAGAUUUAUGCCUCAAACCCCUCAACAACGGUUCCGUCACCGUCGGUUUUAAUCGGCUCGAAGAAUCCGAUCCUAGAUUUGAUUCGCUUUUAGGAAGUUUGGAUGGGUUGGUAUGUGUAGCCUCCACCGAAACCGUCAAUAGUCUAGCUUUAUGGAACCCGUUCACCGGUGCCUACUACAAGUUGCCCCCUAACCCAAGCUUUACUCGUCCCUUUAAUUCUUAUAAAGCUUUCCGUUAUCGUGGUCGAGAUGUCAUUGGUUUUUAUUCCGACUCUUCCAAUGACUAUAAGCUACUAUAUAUGAUUCCUUUGGAUCAAGAGGCUUAUAUCUAUUCCCAAAGACUGAAUUCAUGGAGAAAGAUUGAAUUCCUGAUCCACCGCUACUCGUUCUUGCGUCGCUACUGGUGGUCGCGGGCAACCUUCUGUGACCACAGUCUUUACUUUUCUGUAAAGAAAUUAGGACCAUCUAAACAUCAAUACAUUAUCUGUUUUGAUGUGAACACGGAAGAAUUCAGGGUAAUACAAUUUCCACCUCUUCCAAAUGAUGCAAGAUGUACGUAUCAUCCAAAUUUCGUGGUUAUCGAUGGAUGCAUUCACUUGUGUGCAGCUUAUGACGUAAGUUUCAAGGGACCCUAUAAUCAGGGAAGUGUGUGGAAGUUGAAUGGUGAUGGCGCGACGUGGGCGGAGGUGGCAUCUUUCCAAGGCACUCAAAAGAAUGUUUCCUACAACCCAAUUGAGUACGCCACAUGUGUGACUAGGAAUGCCCGGGAUACUUGGCUUGCGAUUUCGGAUGGUGGUCGUACCAAAUCCAUUUUUGAAGUUGGUCCUAACUCUGACCCUUUUGAAAUAAUGAGUAUGGAGGAAUUCACAUUAGCACGACAGGUGUUGCCGAUGUGGACAUAUAGCCGAAUCAUAUAUGAUGAGACCCUUGUGUCCCCCUAUCCUCCCCCUCCAUAUUUGAAUCAGGGUUCCGGAUGCAAUUGGUGGCCCUGCCGCCCUGGGUUAGCAGCACGUGAAGUUGUUGAUGACUAGGAGAUGACUCUUAUUGAAGUUGUUGAUUGAGUGAAAGCCGAAGGUGGUUUGGGAAGAAAUUUCACCCCGUAUUGGAAAAUUUCAUGGAAACAGUACAUAUGAUGAUAUGUUUAGUUACAUUUGAUAAUAAGUAUGGUUAAUUGUUAUGUUUUUCUAAAAUGGUGUGAUUAUUAACAAAAUGUUAUUGUUAAUAAGGUUUAUUAAAAUUAAUAGUGUUACUAAUUGACUAUCAUUCUAAAUGCAUUGACUAUCAUUCUAAA